CCUAUAAAAUUGGACCAUACAUACAUGUUAAAGUACUCACUACGACAACAACCUUAGAAUUUGAAACCCUAAUUAAGCAAAUGGGGAACACUAGUUUGAUUUUUGUUGGUAUCUUUGCCUGCCUUGUCUCCAUUGCUUCAGCAACAGCAGGAAUCGCCACAUUUUAUACAAGUUAUGUUCCUUCUGCAUGCUACGGAAACAAGCCCCAAGGUAACAUGAUUGCUGCAGCCGGCGAUGCACUGUGGAAUAACGGAGCAGUUUGCGGAAAAAUGUUCACCGUGACUUGCACCGGACCUCGAAAUCCCGUGCCGCAUCCAUGCACCGGCAAGAGUGUUACCGUCAAGAUCGUUGAUCACUGUCCGGGAUGCCCUUCAACCAUUGAUCUUUCUCGGGAAGCCUUUGCUACUAUUGCUGACCCGGUCGCCGGCAUCAUUAAUAUAGACUAUAAACAGUAUGAAUAA